AUGCACGUUGAUGUUGUUCGACAUAUGAUGGGCUAUUUAUGGGUUCAUCAAGACAAACGAAGUGAGAGAAAAAAAAUUCACGUUAUUAGUCGAAUGGUUCGUAAUGCGAUAGAUUUAUGUGCCAAUUUCGCGUAUCAUCAUCAACAACUUAGCAAUGUUUUCUUUUAUAUUUCAUUUUCUCUAACACUUUACCAACCAAUAAUGAGAAAUAAUAAUAACAAUCUUGCAAUGGCAAUUUUACAAAUGAGCAUGGGAAAUGAUGAAAAUACUUUGAACAUUUUAUAGCAUUGAGAUGAUCAAGUUUUUUUUAAUUUUUUCUUUGUGUGCGAUGUCGAUGCAGCUGAGACGAGAAUAGAAAAAAAUUGCAAUUGGUUUUAGGCAUGGGAAAAAACUAUCGAUUGGUGAUGUUGCUGUGCUUAGAAAAAUAUAUCAACAUUCAGUCGCGAUGCGGUUUAUUUUGAUAUUUGCAAAACGUAGAUUACCAGUUAGCAGCGAACAAGAGAAGCGGAGAAAUCGUGACUUCAAGUUUUUGUUCCCACAACUUACGCCAGUGCAUUAGAUGGUUGUUUGGCUUUUUUUUUGUUUUAUUUCUCGAGACUCGAAAGUCUCACAGAAAAUUUUAACGAAAAGCGAAUAUUAAUUCAAUAUUAUAUUGCUUUGAAUAAUGUUUGGCGAAUGCGAGAUGAGAAUCAAAUUUAAGGCACGGAAAGAUACAUAUUUGAACAAGUGAAGAAGAGUGAUUUGUGAUACUUUUUUGAUGAUUUAUUAAAAGAGAAAUUAUUGGAUUGAUGCUUUACAUCAUUAAUCAUAAAUUCCUCUUAUCAAAAUAUUUAUUGAGAAUUUCAUUCUUUUGAUAUAA